CUGUCCUCCCAUCUCUCCAUCGGGCGGCGGCAGAUUCGCAUCGGGACGAGGCGGCGGCGAGCGGGCUGGUGGCGGCAGGGAAAAGAGCAAGCGGUAGCACGGCAAGCGAGAUCGAGCCGGCGACAGCAGUCAACGAUUAUUCUCUCUGAAAAACAGCUACGAAGGUCCUCGCCACCAAUCCCUAUUUCUCUGGUCUGUGACGUGUUUGUUCAUGGCUACAAAGGAAGACUUUGACAACCUUCAUAACAUGGUUCGGAGAUAUGUUGUCAAAAUACGAAGUAGCGGAGCAAUCCGUGGAAGAGGCUGGAGCGUAGUUACCCCUGGCAUAGUCUUCUUAAAGGAGGAUAGCUUCUGCUACAUUGUAGCACAUGCAAAUACGUUUUCCCAUGGCCAUGAUUGUGACCCUCAACCUCGUUAUGAAGUUGUGUUUCCUGAUAGCAACAGAACAACAAUUGAGUUUCAAAAAGCAGAUGUACAAUUCUGCCGUUACAUAGCUGCUUUUCUCAUUGUCAAUGUCCAUCUUGAAAAUGACAUGGUGCAAGCAGUGCCGUUCAGUUCAUUUGGGCUUGAAGCUGAAGAAGCGGUGUACACGCUCUGCUUAGAUCCUUCGGAAACAACUAUUCCUAAGCCAAGCUAUUUAUCUCCGGGGUUGAUAAAUGUUGUAGGAGGCAGAUAUUUCACUCAAGAUUGUCGACCUGAGAACUUCACUUCAUGGGGAUCACCUGUUUUCGAUGAUGAGGGCCAUCUUGUUGGUAUCUGUUUUGCACAUUGCUCAGUUCUCCUUGCCUUAGAUGUGUUGGGUAUCUCACUUGUGCUUAAUGAGCUGCAUGGCACUUCACAAAAGCCUAUUCAUGAUAUACUAGACUACAUCAAAGUGAAGGCCCACAAAUUGAUGAUUAAUCUGUCCUAGGCAAUCUACAAGGUCUGAAACGCGGAGGACCAUUCAUGGACGGAAGCCCCUGCAACAGCUUAAACAUAUAUUAUCCAAUUACACAUAGUUUUCUCCGUUGGAAUGUUUUUUUACUGUACUACUUAGAAUAUUUGAAAUUGGUGCCCAUCUUUUAAACUGAAUGUUGGAACCUGUUUCGGAGUAAGUUUAUUACGUGUCAGGGUAGA